GAGGACAAUCCGGCAUCCAUGAGACCUGUCUCAAAAAACAGAAACAAAACGAAACUGAGUUUUUGGUGGCACCCUCUUUGACUUACUGAACACUCACUGGUACAUUCCAUUUACCAUUUGAUGGGUUCAUUUUAGAGAAAAUCAGACAAAGAACUGACAAUGAGUCUUUCUCUUCCCCCCCGACUUCAGAUCAGACUCACUUCCUCACUCCCCAUCUGUUGUCAGGAGCACUGAUUACUGUUCCUACAUGGGAUUGAUGUUCAUGGAUCAUGGGUGGAAUGAGGGAUCCAGCCGUUUGCUGAUGGCUGUGUCCUGUGUCAUCAGACCAGGAGGACAUCAGGGAAUGAAUGUUUAUAUGGGCCUUGGCAUUGAGACAUGACGUUAUUUUAUUCUUCCCUCCAGAGAAAAUGGCAGAGAAUCCCCCCAUCUUUCAUCGGUCCAGUCUUUAGGAGACUACAUUCAUUAUACAUAGAGAUGCUGUGGACUGGUGGGUUACGCAUCUACAUCUAACACUGGGCUUGAAUAUUAUGAUGCCUGUGGCUUUCUGUGGGAACCUGAGCAAAUUAUUUAACCUUUUCCUUUCCAGACCUACACCAUGAAAAUGAAUACAGGGAAAGCAAAGCUUUUUAAUCUGCUAAAUAACUGUAUAGUCACUUAACCCAGAGAAGAAGCUGGGCAAAGCUAAUCUGAAUGGCAGAUGACCAAUGUGGUUCUACUUUAAUCUCAACCCCUUCUCACUUUUCCCGAUGGCUGCUGAGAUCCAUUCUUCCAAUAAUGCCUGUUGCUUUUCUCUGGCUUCUUGCCCACAUCUCCAUGCCCUUGUAAUGCACAGCAUGCAAAACUGGGCUCUGUAGCGCUUAGGGUCCAGCCCAUAGCAAGCAGGGAGGAAUGCUUUUCCCUCUCAGCCUUUUCAUGCCCCGCACCUGUGAAUACAACCCAACAUCAUCACGCUUGCUUUUAAAUAACAGUAUGUCUCUGGCUCCUGCUCAGUACCCGAUUGCAGGCUCGCUGGAUUUUGUUCCCUAACCGUUGCACAUCCACCACCUUCUCGGUCUUCAUAGGGCUUGUUUUCGAUUCGUUCUCUCUGCAAGUUCUCCUCUGAGGAUUCUCCUCUUUGAAACCUUUCUAGAUGAUCCUGACCUGACUCCAGUUAUUCUUGUCAUUCUAUUAAAAUCAUUUGUCCUCCUUUCCCAACCCUUCUCAGCACUUCUCAGAAUAUUGGGCAAGGGGUUGGGGUACAGCUCAGAGGCAGAGUUUGCGUGCUUAGCAUGCAUGCCUCUCUGGGUUCAAUUCCCAGCACCUCACACACAUUUUUUUUUUUUUUUUGCUCUUGUUGUUUGGUGAGGGCUCUUGUUUUUGUAUGCUUAUUCAGUUUCCACUGUUAGCAGGGACAGUUUUUUUUAUAUAUAUAUAAGAAAAGGCAUGUAAUAGUUUAAUUCCAUGUCAUGCAUGAUUACAAUGAUGUACAUGCAUGUUAAUUGUUGUGGGCCUGGAUAAUGGUCAUUAAGUGACUGACAGACUUGAUGGUGUUUUGUAUCCCCCUGCCCCCAUGGUCACCUGUGUUCCCUUGAGGUCUCAUGGACAUGGUUCUUAUGUCUGUUGUGCCCAAGGAGUUUAUCUUUGGAUCUGUUUGUUUGUUUUUUUGAGACAGAGUUUCUCUGUGUUGCCCUGGCUCUCCUGGCACUAGCUCUGUAGACCAGGCUGACCUUGAACUCACAGAGAUCUGCCUGCCUCUGUCUCCACAGUGCUGGGAUUAAAGAGGUACACCACCAUCGUCUGGCCAGAGGACAGAAACAGGCUCAGUUCUAGAGCACGCAAGUCUUAUAGAAGUUCUACCACAAACAACCCGUUAUUCAACCAUGGCCCGCUCUGGAUCCAAAGUAUAACUUGCAUCCAGAUCAGGAAAUUAGGAUGCUGGUCUUUAUCCCUUGGCAGACAUCUGGGCACUUUAAUUUCUUGCUUUACUAUAGAAAUAAAAAGAAUGUUAUUAGGCCAGUGACUCACUCUUCUUUUUUUCUCCUGUACUUUUGAGUGGUAGCUCAUUGUCAUUGUGUCUACUUGAAAUAUUCUCAACAAGAGCCAAGUUUUUCAGCUUGUCCUUGUCUUUCAUAUCUUUUUAUUAUUAUCGUUUGUUUUGAAGUACUGGAGAAUGGAUCCCAUGCUUUGUGUGUACUAGGUCCCUAUCUGGCCAGGCUCAAGAGGCAUGAAGAGAGCUAUGGAUAUGGAGAGGAGUGAUUAGCUGGUUAUAAUGCAGAUGCCUGACUCCCACUAGAGACACCUAAGCAGGUCCAGGGGUCACAUUUCCUGUUUCUUCCUCGCCAAGGCAAGUGAAGCUUUAAGAAUGCUUUGUCAUUUCUGGGCCAUUGAUAAAAGUCACAGAUGUUCAUGAAGUUUCGUUAGGGGAUAUGCAAUACAGAGAAUCGUGUUCUCUGCCCUGUCCCAAGGAAGACCCAUGCCGUCAAGGACAGAUGCCCAGAACAUUGAGAAAUUCUCCUUUUGUGUUGGACUCGAAGUUGAGUUUCUUUAGACAGAGGACUGAGACUGGAUUCAAAGUACUAUCUUCCUCCUGGCCUGCCCUCCAUGUCCGGGAGCUAUCGUCAUCUUCAAGUUACAGAUGCACAUGUUGAAUGGAGCUCUCCUGGCAUUGCUGUUUCCUGUGGUAAAUACCCGGCUGCUCCCCUUUGAACUGGAGAUUUACUACAUCCAGCAUGUUAUGCUCUACGUGGUCCCCAUAUACCUGCUUUGGAAAGGAGGUGCUUACACCCCAGAGCCCCUCAGCAGUUUCCGGUGGGCUCUUCUCUCGACGGGUCUCAUGUUCUUUUACCACUUCAGCAUCCUGCAGAUCCUCGGCCUGGUCACCGAAGUGAAUUUGAACAACAUGCUGUGUCCGGCCAUCUCAGACCCAUUCUACGGCCCCUGGUAUCGCAUCUGGGCCUCGGGACACCAGACUCUCAUGACCAUGACCCACGGGAAGCUGGUCAUCCUGUUCUCAUACAUGGCUGGGCCCUUGUGUAAAUAUCUGCUGGAUUUGCUCCGGCUUCCAGCCAAGAAAAUAGACUGAAGGUGCUUGGAUUUUUGUUUUGUUUAAUUUUGUUUGUUUUUUGUUUUUUGUUUUCUUGUUUUGGUUUGUUUCUCCCUGAGGAAGCAAGUCAGACUUGACUCAGAGAACACCCAGUUCUUGACAAAAUCAAUGGAGAGGGCGAUAGGAUGAUGCUUGGUGUAUUUACUUUUUUCCUCCUCUCUGUCCCUUUCUUCCACUGCUCUUCCCUCCCCAGCUCCUCCCCAUGGAUGGCUCUUUGUGCCCAGGCAUAGUGCUAGGGGCUGGCACUUACUCCCUUUCAUCCCCUGGUCUCUUGGUCCCUCCUGUGGCCCACUCCCUCUGCGUGGCCUUCCGCAGGGAAAUGGUAGUCAGCGGGCCCCUCUCACUGCUUGUUGGUGCUUUUGACAACAGCUAGUUGAAGAAGCAGGGAACAACAUGCAGUCAUUAGUUCUUCCAGCAUCCCAGCAAUGAAAUAGUGUUGGGUUCAUUUCUCCACUGCCAGGGACCUCCAGGCUCAUGCUGGGAUCCCCUUUUAUCUCCAGCAUAGCCCCCACCAGAAGGGGACCAAGGCCUUGUUUCUAUACCAGCUGCAAGCCCAGAGCCAAGGGACUUCCCAGAUCACAGCCAAAAUUGAUUCUUCCAGUGACGGGUAUCCCAUGACUCAAAGCAGGGAGCCACCCAGCCGCUCCUUCUAGGGUGCUGCCUGGGGUGGCAGGUGAUAGCAAUGUGCAGCCCAAGGGCAUGAUUGUGUAGAGGGCUGCUGGAGAUCGGUUGCCACAGUGAGGCUAAAGAGGGUGAAGGUGUGCACAGUACCAGGCAGGACACCCCCUCCCCGUCCCAAAACAAAAACAAACAAACAAACAAACAAACAAAAACCCUUCCCCGUGAAAGCUGAGAACAGAUCCACAUCCCGAUCUGAAGUGAGCAUAGAGAUUUAGACAGGAACUAAGUCGAGGGGCAACUUGAGAAAGCUGUGAUCUGAAUCACACCGCUGUCCUGUCGAUAACAGGCAACGUUCUAGUCUCAGCUGCCCCCGUGAACCAUCCUCAUCGUCUCUGUAUGUGUCUAUCUGUGUCUCUUUGUCUGAGGCCGCUUCCUGGGAGAGGGAGCUGGGGUUGGCCGUGGGUGCUGUUUGCCUGUUUGUAUUUUAGAUGUUUGAAAUGGGGUAAACCCUUGCAUUUCGGGAAGGUACGCUAGAGACAUUCCUGGUACUUAGAGGACGUGGCCACAGCUCCUAAAGGCAGUUUCCUUAGGGUUAGAUUUCUUUCACGUAGCUAGACUCUGCUCCAAGUGCUCAGUGUGGGGGAAACGUCACUGGUUUAGCAAUUUGACAACGUCCAAAGCCCAGGCGUAGGUUGAAAGGGAACUGCCAAUGGGUCAGGUCCGCAUAGGUAGAGGUUCAAGUGUUCUUUGGUUGAAAGGUACUUAGUGGUGUGUGGCUGCGCAUUUACUGACUCCUUGUUGACUUCUAGUAGGAGGCGGUUUGCUUAAGCGUAGAAGAGUUUGUUCCUCGACCACCCCAUCGCCUUGUUCUAGUUGCAGUCUUCAGUGUGAGUUUGUGGGUAUUAGGCCUAACCUGAGCUUCAGUGCCUCAGUGGCCAUGAUUUUAUGAAGUGGACUUGCAGGGGAAGCAGCGGCAGGAGAAUCUGCUGGAGCAAAUGGAAACUAAGGGAAGCAUCUCUGGGGAACGGCUACUUGCCCAUGAGGUGAUGGACUCUGAGAUACAGAGAGCAGGAAAGGGAGAGCUCUUAGUGCGCUGGCCCCCUUGAGCUCCCGCCGGGCGGGGCUCUUCCUCCUCUCACCUUCUUGCUGGGCUCUAGAAAUGCUUCUUCAGUUGCUCAUCUGCCCCCACCCCCUCAGAGGAGUCGAUGGAUGAAGAGAAUGUGAGAGCCUCCCUGGCUCUGGGCCUCCCUCUAAAAGAAGAAUGUGGAAAGAGGUCAUGGGAGGGAAGCCUAUGAGGGCCUGCCUGGGCCUCUGCCACAACACGGAGCUGCUUCCUGCAGUGAUGCAGGGCCUCCGCUGAGGGAGCCACCUCCAGCAUGCCACAGAGGUGGGAGUGCCACGCAGGCCUCUUCCCUAUCUGAGGCACCACCGUGGCCCAGAUUGCCAGGCAUCCUGGGCUUUCCCUGCAUUGGCAUGCCUCCAGGAGCUUGCCUCUGCUUUGGCACCAGCUCAGCAGACCCAUUUCUGGUAGGCGUUUUCUGGUGCUCAGAGGGAGAGAAGAAAUUCCAAACCCUGUUGUCUGGCUUGGCCAGGCCAGAGGCAGCCACAGCUGUCAAGAAGGGGGAAGGGAAGCGGGGAAUGCAGGGGGCCUAGGUUUGCUCACAUGUAAAGAAGGUAAAGAAGCAGGUGACGGCCCCUUCAACAGACUCCGUAGGGAGUCUUGGCCUGGGUUUGAGGUGUUAGGGAACAGGGGACCUCUUCAUUGUAUCUCACUCUCACCUUGGUCCAAACCCACAUGGAAAGAGGUAACCUGCCUAGGCACUAAGCACUUUGACUUGGGAGUUGCCCCCCCAGGUAUGUCCAACAGCCUGCCUGAUGGUAGAGACUAUCUGUGGUACCAGGGACAAAGGAGAAGGCAGUUUGCACUGACUCUGAAGGGCCAGGCCUUUCUUGUCCCUAUGAAGGCUGUUCCUUAGGUACCUUGGCCAAAGUUCCGUGUGCAGUCUACCAGCGUGUGUGAGCUCAGUGUCUGUGUGAGAGUGCUCAUAGAGGUGGCCAGUUUUUUUGUGAUAGUCCCGGCAAGAGAGAACAAACAGCGCAUCCUCAAGUCCUCGACGUCUAUGGUCAAGGGGCUGUGCCAACAAGAACAGUUGGCUACACUGGACAAUUUGUGGCAGCCACUCUGAGCAACAGAGGUUGUCUUGCUUCCUUAAAGGUCCUUCCUGCCCCCCAGUAUUUGGUUUUGUAUAAGACUUGGCCCAACAUCCUCUCAGAAGCCUAGCAGCAAGUACUUCUGUCAUCCUGUGAUGCACUGUGGGGCUCUGGAGCCACCACCUCCACCUCUCUUGAGUCUGCCUUCUGUCUGUCUGUGGACUUCUGUACCUGUGGCUUUACAGGGUCGAAGUGGGCUACGCGGGGUCGGCCAUGCGCUUUAUCCCGUGCUGCUUAGAGUGCCCGUCGGAUGGUCCCUUUUGCUGUAGCCUCUGGUGGGGCUUUGCUGUGUGUGGUCGUGGAGGACUCAGUGUUUUGUAUGUAAUUACCAGCUUCACAGAUAGCUCAGUGUCAGCAGGGCUCUACACAGGGGAACUGGGGCUAGGUAAUGCUCUGAGUUGUGUUGAGCUGGGUGUUCAGGAGAUGCCAAGGGCCCUUUGAACCCUCCAGCUGCCAAACAGACUUCCCUAGGAUUCUGUCACCUGCCUUGUCUGGGAGAGGACUUUCCUAACAGUUUCUACUGGAAGGGAGACUUGCGGGGAGGGAAAGGGGGCCUUGUGACACUCGAGGACAAGACACUGCUGCUGGUUUGAGUGAGCCAGGACCGGGCCUCCCGGGCCACCUGGGAAGGCCCAAGACUGGGAAGGAGUGUCCUGAGUCUUCUCCUGGCCUUGCCCUCUCUGAGGUAGGAGUCCACGAGGGGAGUCAGUCUUCCUCUGGCGUACACAACUGCAGGAAGACCGAGGUACUUGCCGUGGCCCUUGUCUAAGACACUUUUGUCCACUGAUUUGCUACUCGGGCCACUAAACCGACCCCUACCCCCCACUCAAUGAUAAACAAAUCAAAAACAAAAGUCGUCUUAAGCAGAAACGAUGUUUUGGAAACUCUUGAUUCAUUUUAGUGUCAGCGCUGUAUUAGAUUUUAAAGCAUUCUUCAUUUAUUUGAUGCAAUUGUAGUGAAGAGAACGGAAUUGAAUGAUGUACAAUUAUUCCUUCUGGGACAUUGGUGAACGCCUCUUCCUCCAUCCUUCUUCCCAUGCUGAGACUGCCAUGUACUGUCCCCCUCAUGUGCACGGCUCCCUUGAGAGCCCAUCUCCGAACUCCCUAGAUGGCAGCAAGAUCGAGCCUCUUUGUUAGGCUGCUUCUGGGGUGUUCUUUACUCCCCCACCUCCAGUCUACCUCCCCUCUUUGGGGGUUUUUGUAAUGUGUUUUUUCUGUUUUGUAAAACCCCUUUGAUUGUACUGAAGUGGUUUCUGCAGCCACCUUUGGAAAUAAAUGGUCCUUAAUUUGUGUACUUAGCAUUUUGAAUCUUAGCCUCAGGUGUUUCUGCCGUUGAAGAUCCCUGAAUGAAAAGGAACCCUCCCCAUGGGACUUAUUGUUAUAAUGUUUUCUUCAUUUACUGUUAUUAAAAGAUUUAUGAGAA